GCCGUCCACCUCAAUUGCGUGCAUUGCAGGAAGCAGUAAUAAUGAUGAUGCGGUGCCUGGGCGACGUCAUUGGUCGCGGCUGGCCGUCGCCGCCUUAGGAAGCGAGGAAGCGCCCGCAAUUUUUGCUUGGCGGCGACAGAUGCAGAUGCAGACGUCUUCGCUACCAGCUUGCUCUGGAUCGUUGUUCUAUCUCCAAGACCUGGAAACAGGCAUCCAGCCAUGAGAUCCGCCCAUGCGAAUCCCUAUCUGGCCAGCCGGCCGAUAGCUUUGGGCCUCGCCAAGGUUCUAUUCCUCACCGUUGCCCAGCUUCCUGCAAUUGCCGCCGCCCCGACCGGAUGGCUGCUGCUGCAUGACGACGACGGGAAGCCCGCCAGCGACCCGAGCCUAUGGCUAUAUCUAGGCGUGGCCGUCGCUCUGGUGCUGGGAGGAGGCGCCUUUGCAGGUUUGACAAUUGCGUUGAUGGGCCAGGACGAAAUCUAUCUCCAAGUCAUCAAAACGUCGGGAGAGGGUUCUGAAAGAAAGAAUGCGGCUGCCGUACUCAAACUGCUACAGCGGGGGAAACAUUGGGUUCUGGUGACUCUGCUGCUGAGCAAUGUCAUUACCAACGAAACCCUUCCCAUCGUGCUGGAUCGCUCUCUGGGUGGUGGCUGGCCCGCAGUUGUUGGGAGUACCGUGCUAAUCGUUAUUUUCGGAGAAGUUGUCCCGCAAUCGAUAUGUGUUCGGUAUGGGUUGCCCAUCGGUGCUUGGAUGGCUCCCUUCGUCCUGGUGCUGAUGUACGUCAUGUCACCCGUGGCCUGGCCAGUAGCCAAACUCCUCGACAGACUUCUUGGCGAAGAUCACGGCACCAUAUACAAAAAGGCUGGUCUGAAAACAUUGGUGACUCUACAUAAAACUCUGGGUGCCGCUGGUGAACAGCUCAACUCGGAUGAAGUUACCAUCAUCAGUGCGUGUCUAGAUUUGAAAGAAAAGACGGUCGGGAGUAUCAUGACUCCGAUGGAUGAUGUCUUCACCAUGUCUGCCGAUACUAUUCUGAAUGAAGAAAUGAUGGACCUGAUUCUCUCCCAAGGUUAUUCUCGCAUUCCCAUUCAUGCACCGGAUAACGAAAAUAACUUUGUCGGGAUGCUUCUUGUGAAAAUGCUUAUCACCUACGAUCCGGAUGAUUGCAAAAUGGUUCGCGAUUUCGCUCUGGCAACACUUCCCGAAACGCGUCCCGAGACCAGCUGUUUAGAUAUCGUCAAUUUCUUCCAGGAAGGAAAAUCUCACAUGGUGCUAGUAUCUGACUACCCGGGCGAGGAUCACGGGUCGCUUGGUGUUGUUACCCUAGAGGACGUAAUUGAAGAGCUAAUCGGCGAGGAAAUUAUCGAUGAGUCCGAUGUCUUUAUCGACGUCCAUAAAGCGAUUAGGCGCAUGGCUCCUGCACCCAAAGCCCGGGUUCCAAAGGGGCACAUUGUAGAAGAUCCGCCAACUUUACCGAAUGGCUCCGCCGAGGAUACCACCAACGGCGAUUUGUCUACAGGACUAACUUCCAGAAAUGAGCCGCGUAGACUGAGCUCAAGCGUAAUGAAUCCUCCUGGCCUUCGGUUCAGUCUGAGAAACAAUCCCGACGCACCAGAACAAAUAAUUACAAAACGAGGCACGGACGAAAUUCGCGAGCAUCUCAAACACUUGGGACCUUCAAACCUAGCCAGCAGGCCUCGGCAGACUCGCUAUCAAAACGUUAAAAUUAAAGCACCCGGGGCGUCCCCUACUCGUUCGGGCAUGACUGACUCGGAGUCUGGAAGAUACUCGGGUGAAUACAGACACUCAGAUGUGGGUAGCAUCAAAAGCGGACCAGCUCCCAAACUUCAGAGCUCCCCGUCAUUCACCGCGAGGGAUGGUGUUCGAGCACUACGACAAACAUACGGAACCAUUAAUGAAGUCGUAACACCAGAAGCUGUUUCCAAAACCAACACUGAUGAAGGAUCCAAUCGUGUAAACGAGAGCACAGAUCUCCUUAGCCACGAAGCUGGGAAUGGAGAUGGUGAUGAAGUAGCACGACCACCUCCUAGUCGUACUCCAAAUAGAAGCAAGCCAAACAGUCUUCACGGGCACGACGCGCGGGCUUCAGAAUAUUCAAAGAGUUCGUCGCAUUUGUCUGCCCCUGCCAGGAGCGGGAGCAUCACAGAACAAAUCAUCGACGUCAACGGAAUACGAAAAGUCGUUCUCCAUCCCACAAGCAGCAACUCUUCGUCAGAAACCGAGAGAUCGCCGAAGACCGUAUCUCCAGGUAGUAAUCAGCAGAAACUGCUCCAGGCUCACGAGCAAGCCAUCGAAUCCGAGACUGGCGACGCAGGGUCCGGCAGCACAGUUAAAAAGAAACGUCGCCGUCGUAAGAAAAGGAACGACGGGCAGGGCCAUGAAAGCGAGCCAUUGCUACUUCAUUAACAGCCAUUUCCAAUCGAGAUUCCAAAUGUAUGGACCUCUGCGUGUAUUUUAGAGAGAAGUAGCAGUUAUAGACUUCGUUCACUAGUUGUCAAGAAAGCCUUUUGAGCCGGGCCUGAAGCAUCGGUUCAGACAAGCCACUAUUAUUCGGUACAAUUUUUCAUCUUCGAUGAUCAAAAUAACUCGUGAUUGAAAGCACUGAGACGGAUCGGAUAGUUCUAGUGCCUUUAUACUCUCGUUCAGUAUUUGUCACUAUCAAUUAGACGUUUACUUGAUUAGCAUGAGCGAAAAUCAGUGAAAGCUAUCAUUGAUAUGAAUAUAGGGUAUGUACUCGAAAGUUAGUAUACUCUAGUGAACAUUUCCACCACUUAUGGGCUUCCUAUAAAUCAAUAAAAAG